AAUAAAAAAAAGUUGAUAAACGUCGUAGACAUAAAGAAUCGAACAAUCAUCACCCUGCGUAAAUAUUAAAUGUUUUAUAUAUUUUAUUAAUUUACAUGGUUGUAAUUAGCGUCGUCUACUAAUCAAGUAAUUAAAUUACAAUUUAAUGAGCAAGAAGUAUCAGUAUAAAGUUCUGGAUAAAGUAACGCGAGUCCGAAAAAUGGAUAAAAAUGGAAAAAUUUGCGAUUAUAUUAUUAUUAUUGAAUUACAAUAGUGAAAUGUUUGGUUAUUUUGAUCGUGUAGAAUGGGUGGUUGCAUUGGUAUAACGAGGGCAAGGACUGCCUCUGUAGAUGAUACAUCAGCUAAUUCAACUAGAACACAAUCAGGUAAUUCACGUAAAAACCAUCCACUAUGUCACGAGAUCAUAAGAUGGAAAUCAGAUGUACCAUUAACUGAAGGACAAUUACGGAGUAAGCGGGAUGAAUUUUGGGAUACAGCCCCAGCAUUUGAUGGCAGAAAAGAAAUAUGGGACGCGUUAAGAGCCGGUGCAACUGCUGCAGAAGCUCAAGAUUAUCAAUUAGCCCAAGCAAUACUUGAUGGCGCAAAUAUAUCCGUUCCAAAUGGAUUCUUAACAGAAUGUUAUGAUGAGUUAGGAACUAGAUAUCAAGUACCAAUUUAUUGUUUAUCAUAUCCGAUAAAUAUUGUUAAGGAAGAUAGUGGUAGAGAUUCACCAGCUGAUUGUUCAGAACCUGUUGAUGGUGGUACAGAAAUAACGUUAAAAUUAAGACUGUCAACUACUCUUGCGGACGUUAAACUUCCGGUUUACAGUAAAGAUACUAUUGGAAUUGCUAAGAAGAAACUUCAGAGUCAAGAAGGAUUAGAGCCUUCAAAACAAAGAUGGUUCUUCGGUGGGAAAUUGCUUGGUGAUAAAAUGCACAUAGAAGAAGCUAAAAUCCAACCUGGUUAUGUAAUUCAAGUGAUCGUUAAUGCUGAGAAAGAUGAGAGCCCUACGAAAAAUAGUUGAAAGAUAAUAUCGAUAUUAACAACAAAAUGGUUUCAUUAAUUACUUUUUUUUUUUACUAAUUAAGAAGCUUAGCGAAUUUUACGAAAUUUAACAAUUACUUAACUAAGAAACAUAAAGAAAAUCAAAUAA